AUGAAGAGAAAACCCGCGACGCAUGCGAGUGGGGGUCCUCGCAAGAAGGCCAGGCGCGACAAACCUGCCUCGGCCUCACCACCUGGCCCUGACCAUCCAGUGCUGCGGCGUCUCUACCCCCAGGUCCUGACUCUACGCCACCAUAUACUAUCUCGACUGCCCAAGUCCUCGAAGGGCAGGCGGCGCCGCAUAGCCCAGCUCGGACUGGCGACAUCCGCUCACGACGAUGCCCCAACACGUGAUCUUGACGUCCAACUGGGACAGCUGCUGGACUUGGCCCUGAUUGGCUGCGUCCCAGAUGCAGAGCCCGGGAACAUCCAACACGAGGCCAAAGAACGCGACCGCGACCGCGAACUCGAGAGCUUCACCCAGCAGCGUUCGCAGAGCAAUUCAGGCGGCACCUUCAAGUCUGCUCACAAGCCAUCGCACUUGCUGUGCCACGGCUUCCAACGCGCUGCCCACGCAGGGCGGACACACAACGAGCAUGGCGAGCCUACUUCCUCUGUGCCUGGCUUGGUCGAACGGUCACCGAACAGCCAUGUGCGCACGCUGAAAGAGCCGACAUGGUGCAGACUACUUGCUUUGCUCGGCCAGCGUGGCGAUCGUAUCAUCAUCGACAUGCUUCUGGACUGCGCCAUCUUUCUGCCUGUCACUGGUGGAAUCGGCAAUUACAUUCAGCUCAGUGGCAUACCCAUGUCAGACUUGAAGCCAGAUGAGAAACAGAAAGAACAAACGCUGCACAAUGAAACCAAUCAACCCACCAAAAGUGUCCCGUUGAACCAGCAUGGCGAGAAUCGGAGCCCUAGCGCCAUCACCUUUGUCCGCAGUCGCAUGUUGCAGUUUGGCCUACACAAUGCAUUUACGUCCAAGGUCGAUCGUCGAGAGACUGCCAUGCCCUUCAAGGACUACACAUUGCGUGAGAAAGAGAUCCACCAAAGCAUGUGUAGAGCCCUUGGUGACAAGGCCACUGACCCGGAAGAGACGAGAAAGUGGAAAACGCGUGUACCAAAGCGUCUGCGUGGUGCUACUGUGGAGCUGAUAGACAGAAUGCGAACCUUGAACCAUCGAUGUUCGUACACUGAGCUGCUCCGCCAUUAUUGUCCUGUCGAGGUACGUAUGGUGCUCAAAUCCUGCAAGACGGCCGUGCUAACGCGACAGACCCUGCCACUCUCAUCCAAGCCCGAAUGGAGAAAACACAACGUUCGACCAGACUCCGAGAACAGCGGUCCCUCUACUGACAGUCCGAAUGAGAGUAACCUGAUGACUGGCCCUAAAAACGACAAUUCGACUGAGCAGGCGUGUUUCACAGACAUGGCGUGCUCUACUGCUGAUGUCUCGGCUUUCUGCCGUGCCGUGGUGGCAAGGGUCAUACCAAAUGCUUUUUGGGGCGACGAAAGCAACAAGCGUGUCAUCAUAAACAGACUUUUCUACUUCCGUCAUGAUGUCUGGCGCAUGCUCACCGAGUCGUCAUUGACGGCAUUGAAGUCAAGCAUGUUCGAGCACAUGCCUACGGAGCGUACAACAAAACUGUUGUCGAUGCGACCGCUCGGCUUCAGCAAGAUCCGACUGUUGCCAAAAAAUAUGUUCCCCAAACUGGCAGCCUUCAAGGCGUCUCUGAAACAGCGCAAUCUUGAGCAAGGCCCACUUUACUUCGCCAAAGUUGAUGUACAAACAUGCUUCGAUACCAUACCACAGCAACGGCUAUUAACAAUGGUCGAGAGCCUCAUGUCUAUGCAAACGUACCAAACGGGCAAGCACGUUGAAAUUAGCCCUCUAGGUGCUUUGCAAAAGCUAGACGGACAGCACAUUGAUCCGUUGCCCGUGAAGAAGUAUGUCGCUCAUAGUGGCGCGGCAAAAGACAUGGCCUCAUUUCAGCAGCUUGUGCAGAACAAGUUCGUCGGACUGAAAUCCAAUACAGUCUUCGUCAAUACGAAUCUGCAGCAGCAGGAGACCAAGGACGACCUGAUGCGACUUUUGCGUGAGCAUGUGGAGCGCAACCUGGUCAAGAUUGGCAAGAAGUUCUAUAGACAGAAGCAGGGCAUUCCCCAGGGCUCGAUUCUAUCAAGUAUUCUGUGCAACUUCUUCUACGCAGAGCUUGAGCGUGACGUCCUCAGCUUCGCGCUCGGCGAUGACUGCUUACUGUUGCGACUGUUGGAUGACUUCCUUCUGAUCACGAUCAAACAGCAACAUGCAGAACGAUUCCUUCGGGUAAUGCAUCGAGGGCAUCCUGAAUAUGGGGUCGUUGUCAAAACAUCAAAGUCGCUGGCAAACUUCGACGCUGUUACAGAAACUGGCCACUGCAUACCCAAAGCUGCCUCGGACAGCAAAUUUCCAUACUGUGGAGUUUGCAUUGACACAACUACGCUCGAGGUCAACAAGAAGAGUGAGCGGUCUGCAAGGACUGAUGUUGAAGAUUCUUUGACUGUCGAUCUGGCAAAAAUGCCUGGCCAGACCUUCCAUCGCAAGGCUCUCAAGUGA